GCCGCCGUCGGCGUGUAACGAACGAGCGCGCGUUCUCAUUUGUAGUCUACGGCGCCUGGUCAGUCACACUGCAUUCACAAUGCGGGCCACUGUGUGCUCGAUAGUCCUCAUUCUCUCCAGCUUGGGCUUCAUCAGUGUUACCAAUGCACAGGAUGGCCGCUGUUCGGUAACUUGCCGAGACCAUCCCAGCUCUACUGCGGGUGGCAGGCUGCUAACUCUGCGGCUGUCUUCUACGGGAGAGAGUCUGGGACAGCUGGUACACGACACACCAGGCUCCAGCGCAGCAAACCGGAUGUACCCGACCUUCGGAGGAAAUGCAACAGAGUCUCACAGAAACGACUACCCCAGUGAGGCUCCAGAAAGUCGCCUCUUCAUUGGACGCAGGAAACACCUACGUGUCUGUGCGAAUUACUGCUCCAACCCACGGACAUCUGACGAGAGAUCGACAUCGCAGCAUCAAGAUGCUUUCAGAUUCAAUAAUCGAAACGAACUGACCUUGACCCCUUCGUCAAGGCCAGGAAAUGGGAUCUCUAGAAGCGAACCCAAAGUUCUAGGGAAGUCUGACGCUGAUUCUACAAAGAAGUUCGGCAUUCAAAAUGCGAAAAAGUUUAUUGUAGCAAAACAUGGACAUGAUAAAUCUUCUAGGGUCAGCCACAGGAAGAUUUAGUCUUGAACUCUGGGCACUGGAUUGCAACAUGUAGUGAUGUAGUCUUGAAGUAUUAUUCUUCUGUAUGAACAUAGAGCUCACUGUGACGUACUACGUUGCGUGACAUAUUUGCAUAAUUCAACAAAUGAGUAGGUUUUGAGAACGUGCAGCAGACUGUAAACAAAAAAUUUAAAAAUCUGUUGUUACGUUAUAUGAUUUGUUCCAUAGAUACAUAGGACGAAGAAUAUGUCAUGAAAAAAAGAAUAUGUAAUACAUAUUUACAAAAAAACUGA